GAAACACACACACGUUGAUCGGAAGAGAUUCUGAUGGCGGCGGACACUUCUCAUCUGGAGAAAAUGGGUAGAGAACUCAAAUGCCCCAUCUGCUUGAGUCUGUUGAAUUCUGCUGUCUCGCUCUCAUGCAAUCAUGUAUUCUGCAAUUGCUGCAUUGAGAAAUCUAUGAAAUCAGCAUCAGAUUGUCCAGUAUGUAAAGUACCAUUUCGCCGUAGAGAAAUUCGUCCUGCUCCUCAUAUGGACAACCUGGUCAGCAUUUACAAGAGCAUGGAAGUAGCUUCAGGAGUCAAUAUUUUCGUCACACAGACAGCCCCUACAACUAGACUAUCAGGGCAUGAGAGCCAUUCUGAUGGUGAUAAAAUUGGUGAUAUUCAAGAAAAUAUUAAUACUUGCAUUGGGACUUCAGCAGAGGAGAACCAGAAAAUAUGCAAAAGAAAGGGGUCUAAAAGAUCAACACAAGCUAAAUGUCCUUUGAAGCCUUCCUUUCCAAAAAAGAAAAGGGUUCAUGUUCCACAAAGUCCACCUUCUGAAACCCCUAUUAGGCUUGAAAAAUUGGUAAAUGAAACUGCUGAAAUCAGCAAAAAUGAACCUGAGAGCUCUUUCCUGAUGAAGGAAAAGCAUGUGUUCAAGAAAAAGGGAGAGCCUUUAUUUACUCCAUUCUUCUGGCUGAGAGAUGAAGAGGAUCCUGAGAAUCCUACUCAGCAAACAGAUGAAGAUCAGAUCAUGGAUACACCACCUGAUGCUCCUUGCUUCAGUGAUAUUAAGGAUUCUGAUGAUGAAGUCCCUAAUGAAAUGCCCCCAGAUGGGGAAAAAUGUAUUGCAUGCAGUGACAUGGACUUGUUUGAUAGUGAAAUGUUUGAAUGGACACAAAGAGGAUGUUCUCCAGAACUUCAGUCAAGCCCUGUUCCAAUGCAGGCAGAGGAAUGUGGAGAAGACAUAAUAGAGCCUGCCACACAUAUUACAACUACAAUUGUGGAUUCUAAAGUUCAGAACAGAGAAGUCAGGAUAAGUGAAACUGACAAGGAAGAUUUGGGUUUACCAUGUCUGUCAGUUGAAAUUCCCAUGGAUAAAAUUGCUAGCAAAGCAGCUGGGAUGUCUAGAAAGAGAAUUAAGAAGUCAGUAGAAAACAGCCAAAGUAAGCGAGCCAAGAUGACUACAAAUAAGGCACGUACAGCUCAUAAAGAAUCAGAACAAAGGCCUGGAAAAAGCAUGCCAGAGGAGCAGUUUGGCAAUAAUGAUAAUGUAUUCAAUUUACCAAGGAAAACAUCUAAACGGAACAAAAAGGUUUCCUUUGAUGCUAAUGUUGCAGAGGCAGCAGGAAAUACAUCUACUUCAUCUGGUGGGACAAAUCCUUUGUUCAAGGGUAAAAACAAAGUAAUGAUUGGUCUUCCAGAUUUAUUAGGUCACAAGAGGCAGAAAAGGGGAAGUAAACGUGAGAAAAUUGGCAAAAUGAAGGAUAGUCUUAAACUAGAGAAACAUAGCCCUAAUUUAAGAGCCAAAAAGCCAGAAGAGUUGGAUGAGAGGUUGACUCUGAAGCAAUGUGGGGGUUUGAUUUCUCAUUCAGGUCAAAAAGUAGCUCCUGAGGAGGAGGGAGCUUUUGGUAUGGAUAGGGUACUUAGAAGAUGUGGGGAUAACCAUGGAAAAAAGAAAAAGAAUUUGAAAAUGGCAAGAUGUUUCAAAGGAAAUAAAUCUGGAAAUACUCUGACUGAUCUGUAUCAGAAUGGUGAUGGAGAGGUUGCUGCAGAAAUUAUUCCAAGCGUAGGAGCAGAUCAGGAGAAACCUACCAGCAGAGAGACACAAAACCCAGCAGGUGUUCACCCGCAGGGUGCGUCCAGUCCUAACAAAAUUCAGUGUGCAUUCUGUCAAUCUGCUGAAGACUCUGAGGCUUCAGGUGUCAUGGUUCAUUACCUCAAAGGCAAGCCCAUUUCAGGUGACGAGAUUAGAGGACCAAAUGUCAUACAUUCUCACAAGUAUUGCACAGAAUGGGCUCCUAAUGUAUUUUUUCAAGAUGAUAAUGCAAUUAACCUUGAAGCUGAGUUGGCAAGAAGUCGAAAGAUAAAGUGUGGUUUAUGUGGAAUGCGAGGGGCAGCUCUUGGGUGUUUCCAGAAGAGUUGCCGCAAGAGCUUUCAUGUUACAUGUGCAAAGUUGACCCCAAACUUUCGAUGGGAUUAUGAUAACUUUGUAGCAUUAUGUCCCCUUCAUGCCAGUUGUAAAAUGCCAUGUGAAGCAACUGGAUCUGAAUCCAACACAAAGAGGAAAUCUGCUCCCAAAGGGGAUUAUCAUAUCCAAGGGCCACAAGUGGUUAAGGAUGAUGUUAAAGAACAUCUGCAGUGGAAAUGUGACAAAAAGGCCAAAAACUUGAUUCUCUGCUGUUCAGGCCUCACUAAUGCUGAGAAGGAUAUUGUUUCCCAAUUUCAGCAGUUGUCUGGAGUUAUAGCACUGAAGAAUUGGGAUCUAAGUGUGACCCACAUUGUUGCAUCUACUGAUGAGAAUGGGGUUUGCAAAAGAACCCUCAAAUUUAUGAUGGGUGUCUUGGAGGGGAAAUGGAUUGUGAACAUUGAAUGGGUUAAGGCCUGCAUUAAGUUAAUGGAACUUGUUGAUGAGGAGCUUUAUGAAAUCAAGGUUGAUAGCCAUGGAAUCAGGGAUGGUCCUAGCCGUGGAAGAUCAAGACUUCUGGACAAGAAGCCAAAGCUCUUCAGUGGGUACAAAUUCUAUUUUCUGGGCGAAUUUGUUCCUUCAUACAAAGGGUAUCUUCAUGAUCUGGUUAUUGCUGCUGGAGGAACUGUACUAAACAGAAAGCCUAUUUCUGAAGAGCAGAAAAUCUUUUCAUCGGAGUGCCCUCCUUCAACUACUUUCAUUGUUUAUAGCCUUGAGCAACCGGAGAAAUGUGGGGCAAGCAAGAGAAACACAAUACUGAACCGUAGACGUUUUGAUGCAGAGGCUUUAGCUAGUUCCACAAGAGCUGUUGCAGUAAGCAAUUCAUGGAUUUUGAACUCAAUUGCUGGCUGCAAAUUGCAAAACCUUCCGGAAUGAUGUUUCAUAUUGCAUUUCAUCUUCAUUGGCAUUUUCAACUAGAACAUUUAUCUGUCAUUUUGAUAUGACAUUCUUGCUAAUUAUCUAUACAA